CAUAAACACUUGUGCCAAUUCUGUGGAGCUCUAACGCAAACAUACACAUAUCAGUGAUACAAAAGACAAGUAAGAAUAAUUAAGUAAGAAGAAAUGGAAGAAGAAAAAAGCUUCACCUAUGCAAUGCAGCUGGUGAACUCUAGCGUGCUAUCCAUGGCCAUGCACUCAGCCAUAGAGCUUGGCAUUUUUGACAUCAUAGCCAAAGCAGGUGAAGGUGCCAAAUUAUCUGCCAAGGACAUUGCAGCCAAGCUUCCAUGCAAGAAUUCAGAAGGAGCCACAAUGUUGGAUCGUAUCCUAAGGCUCUUAGUAUGUCACUCCAUCAUUGACUGCACAGUGGUUGCUGAUCAACAACAUGGUCCUCCUCCACAUCUGCAACGGUUCUAUGCCAUGAACCCUGUGGCCAAAUACUUUGCUUCCAUUGAUGGUGCUGGCUCACUAGGCCCUUUGAUGGUCUUGACUCAGGACAAGGCCCUCCUUCAUAGUUGGUACCAAUUGAAAGAUGCAAUUCUAGAAGGAGGUAUUCCUUUCAACAGGGUUCAUGGAAAACACGUGUUUGAAUAUUCCGACAUGAACUCGAGCUUCAAUCAGCUUUUCAUGGCAGCUAUGACAAACCGUGCAACUUUAAUAAUGAAGAAGAUUGUUGAAUCCUACAAGGGGUUUGAGCACCUCAAUAGCCUGGUGGACGUUGGAGGUGGCCUUGGUGUCACACUUAACAUAGUCACUUCUAAAUACCCUCACAUUAAGGGUAUCAAUUUUGACUUGCCACAUGUCAUAGAACAUGCCUCUACCUAUCCUGGUGUUGAGCAUGUGGGAGGAGAUAUGUUUGAAAGUGUGCCACAAGGAGAUGCCAUUUUGAUGAUGUGUGUACUUCAUGAUUGGAGUGAUGAAUGGUGCUUGAAGGUAUUAAAGAAUUGUUAUGCUUCUAUUCCUAGUGAUGGAAAGGUGAUUGUUGUGGAUGGAAUUCUUCCAUUUGAACCAAAGACAACAGGUGCAUCAAAGAGCAUUUCCCAAUUUGAUGUACUGAUGAUGACUACAAACCCAGGAGGGAAGGAGCGAAGUGAAGAGGAAUUCAUGGCAUUGGCAAAAGGAGCUGGAUACAGUGGCAUUAGAUUCACAUGCUUUGUCUCUGACUUAUGGGUUAUGGAGUUCUUCAAGUAAAUGUUGUAUGUCACACAUGCUGCUGCAGAUGGAAUAAAAUAAAAUUAGAAAUUGCAAUAUCUAGUCUUCACACAAUGAGUAGACAAGAUUUUUGGAAUUAAUAAAAUGAGCAGACGGAUUUUCGGUUCUUUUA